AUGCCGAAAAUCAUAAGCUAUACACCUCCAUGGCUAUCUAGACCUUCCCCUGGAUCACAAGCUUUCAUAAGUAUUCAGAAUCACGAUUCGACUCCUUCAAAGCUCCCUUCCCACCUCUCGUCUCCAAGACGUGAGGUCGUUGACCAACCAUACUAUGGACCACACAGGCUUCUUGCACGACGGGGGACUGAGAUCUUUGUGGUCAUCGGGAAUCAAAUACGAUGGACAGACUUGGGCAUGAUAAAGAAUGAUUGGGAGGAGCAGACAUACCAUGCGGGUAGCAGAAGCAAGUUGCUGGAGCAUCAACAUGAAGGCCAGCUUCCCACCUACAGGGUAUUGCUUGCACCUAUCUAUCAACAAAUACGGCAGUUGACAAUCUCUCCUUCCGGCAAUUUUCUGGCUAUCUUGACGGAACAUACGAUACAUGUUGCUAUUUUACCAGACGCUUCGCAUUUAUCAGCUGGGGAUGGGUCUCCAUUGAAGCUCAAAGUACACCAGCUGGGGCCUACUACACAUGUAAUACCCCAGUCGCCACUUGUUUCCGCUCUGUGGCACCCACUCGCCUGCAGUACUGCCUCCUCAGACUGCCUGGUGACUAUCACAGCAGAAGCUGCCGUCAGGGUCUGGGAGCUUGAUCGAAGCAACAACUGGUCUUUUGAUAGACCUAGUCUCGCCAUUGACUUGCAGAAAUUAGUGGAUGGCACUUCCUGUGACGAAGAUUUUCAACCUUCGGGUUUUGGUAAGAGCAGAGGAUUUUCUGCAGAUGCCUUCGAGAUGGAGGUCUCUGCAGCUUCUUUUGGAGGCAAAGGCCGUGAAGAAGAGGAUGGCUGGGCUCCCAUGACAUUGUGGAUUGCCAUGAGAAAUGCAGACGUGUAUGCUCUCUGCCCGCUGCUUCCCUCGAAAUGGAGACCUACAUCGACUCUGAUCCCAUCAUUAUCCACUUCAGUCGUCUCAAAACUAGCGUCCAUUCAGGAUGAUUCCGUUGAGCCGGAUGAGAAGCGGGCAGUGGAACAACAAUUUGAAUGGGUUCAAGAGAUUGACGGUGAGGAGCCAUUGCCCUCAAGUUCAGACGCAGAACCUUCACUCCCCACACAGACCAGAAGUCGACCAGUGGCCCCGAGCGCAAUACCACGACUGCAAGGACCCUUCUUGUUCGACCUUGAAGAGAAUGAAGUGGAUCUCGAUGUCUCCGAUGUUCACGUUAUAGCAGCAAAAGUCAACGCAGAAGAUCUACUUUCAGGCGAAGAAGAGGACUACACGGAUCUCGAAGGGCUGAUAGAAGAUCGUCUAUCUAGCACCGUCAUAUGCCUGGCAACAACAACAGGUAGGGUCCAUGUGUGUCUUGAUCCCGAAGGUGUAUCUGGCCAGUGGCUGCCCCAAACCAGAAAAAGUGCUUUCACCGUCCCUGUUGGCGAGCCAAAGGAUCUAAUUCUGGUUGAAUCCCUGGAGAUUGGCAACGGCGAACCCGGCACUGAAAAUUGGCCAACGUUCUCGCAAGACCCAAUCGCCCCGUACGACUUCUACCUGACUUCGAAGGCACGUGUUGAUUAUCUAUCGUUGUCGUCUUGGGCUUCACGCCUGGAAACAGAGCUACUGUCACCAGCUUCCUCAGAUACUGGCCGGGAUUUCCGUCUCAAAGUCUUGUGUCGUGACGAAAUUAUCCUUGCCGAAGAGAUACUCGAUUGUUCCGACAGCACCAAUGAGAAACCUUCGGAGCAUCUCUCAAGCGCCUUGAUCAUGAACAAUCCAGAAAUCGGCUAUUUCCUCCUCACAUGCUCUGCAUCAGGACCCUACGCUACUACGUUCGAUACACCUGACACAACAUCGCAGACUGUGAUCCUGGCACGCAGAAAUGACUCCCUAGGCCCUAACUCUCCCGAUGCCCAGUUGGAUCUUACCUUGUCGGGCGACACCAUUAUUGCAUCACCUCGAGCCCCAUACGAGCCAUCGCCUAUCUUUUAUAAACCUGCAACGACUCUGCUAAAACAUUUCUCGUCGGCCAACGUACCUCAACGACACAGAGCAGCACUGAAGCAAGAGAUUCGUCUCAGUCCGAGCACCUUAGAUAUCAUGACGGCAGCACAUCGGAUAUUGUCAUCCCAAACAUCGCAGUUAGAACAAGCUGCUGCAGAGCUCUUUCGCAGAUGUGACAGACUGAGAGAGGAGCUUGGGGAUCAAGUAAGACAAAUGGCCGAACUCUCAGAACGGAUCCAACGCAAUGACACAUCAGUGGAGACCGAACACGGUGAUCGUAACAGCCGCUGUGAACACAGGAUUGCAAAGGCUAGAGACAGGCAGCAGAGCUUGAGCGAGCGAUACGAGGCUUUGAGACGAAAAGUCGGUCGUGCAACUGCUGGUACGAGGGAGUUAAGCACCAAGGAAAAGGCUUGGAUGAGCGAAAUCACGAAUCUGGCAACUACGUUUGGUGUUGAUUCCGAAAUGGAAGUCGAUGUGCCAGAGGCACAAACCGACAAACCAGUUGCUAGCAGGUUCGAAGUGGUUCUGGAUCUCGCAGAAUCCCUUCUUGCCGAAGCAGGAGAAGUCCAGAAAUCCCAAGGACCCGAUUCCCCAUCACCUCAAAAAGGCAGCAGCUUACUUCGCACCACCUCGAAUGCUUCGUCAGUUUCACGAAUGUCCAAUUUAGGCGUGCCGCCCAAGCUACAGAAGGCUAAGAUUGAGGAAGCUAUGUAUAUGGUUGAGAGAGAGGCAGCUGUUAUCAGUUCGGUUAUGACGAGAUUAGAGAGAUUAAAUGGGCAUUGA